AUGACAAGGCUUACCUUUAGAGGACCGGAAUUGCGGCCGUCCGCUGAGUACUGGCCUGAAUGCCGCGGUCGACACAACGGACGCAUGCGGGCUUUCGCCCGUCAGUGUCGUCGCGCUGAACUGAAAGGAACUGCUAGAUUAUCUCAGGUUAUUCCAGUAAUUACCAUGUCCCAUCUCCAGUACUACGCCUACGAGGUUCAAGGUGUCCUCAAACGCCAACGAUUCCGGUAUGAGAAGCCGUUCGCGUUGGAUACCGGAUUGAAUGCGCUGGGCAACGUUAACAAAGAGCUAAGCGGGACAGGAAAUAAGAACAUGGUAUCUAAAGGUUAUGUGACACAGAGUGAAAGGUUAAGAGUACGGAUCGAACAAUAA